AUGGCGAGUCAUCCGGUUGGCGUAAGUCCAUUUCCUCAACCACCGGAAUAUGCUCGUCAGUAUACAGACGCUAAUGUGGCGAAGAAGAAUGUAUUGCCACCACCUCCUGUACCAUCCGAAUUUACGGUUUUUGGCGAAGAAUAUAAUUUCGAAGAAGAAAUGAUCCGGUCGUUACAGUCGCAGAAAAUGCAACAAUUGUUUUCGAGUAAUGGUGACUGGAGAAGUGAGUUAAAGAAGUUGAACAGAAGUACAGUUGCUGCCUUCCUUGAUCUUCUUGAUAUCCUAAUACGGUGUCCAAAUCAUCCAGAACGUCUGGAGAAAAUCAAUAACUUACGUCUUCUUUUUAUCAAUAUGCAUCAUCUGAUUAAUGAAUAUCGGCCGGUGCAGGCACGAGAUGCGUUGCAGUCGAUGAUGAGAUUAUUGAUUAAAACUAUUGAGGAUGUUACAAGCCGCUUUCGCACUUACUUAGCGAUGGGUCAUGAGGCAUUAAAUCAGGUAAUCGAUGAAGUUCCUCCAGUACUUUCAGCCUCUCCGAUGCUUAAUGUUGAGGAUGUGAAUGUUGGUGUGUCGAUAGAACAGCAAGUUGGUGCAGUGGAAACUGAAAUUAGUAAACGGAGAAGUAGUUAUGAUGAAGCCAGGAAGACAACAGUAUCCAGACGAGAAGCUUGGAGAAGAGAUGUUAUGCUUUGUGAAUUGUUAGACAAUAUGGGUGAUGCAGAUCUAGAAAGAAGACUGUCGCCUUCCACAAAUAAGCAUUGCAUGUUUUUGUCGCAGAGUCUGAGUUGUAUUCGUGUAUGUGAGAGAUGUAAGAAUGAACUGAUUGAUAUGCCUGAAUCGGGUAAACAGUGUGAAUCUAUCCACAUUCAAACUCGAAAUUCUCGUCAUCCAUUGCUAUGCACUGAAUGUCAUAAACGAUUUCAAACGGUGCAGGAAUUAUAUUUACAUUCGGAAAUAUGCAUUAUCGAAUCAUUUGAAAAUGAAGCUGUCAAUGUGUUUUCGAAUAUGCCAUCACUUACAAAAUCAACUGCUGUUUUCGAUGCUACUACACAUGCUGGAAUUACGGCUAAGGGAGAUGAUCCACCAAUAUUGAUACCCGAGACGAAUGCUUCAACGAGCUCCUCAAGGUUGACAACUCUUUCAUUUUCAGCAAAAUGUAAAGUAGAAUGUUCGCGAUUUAAAAAGACACAGGUAACAGUACCGACAGGAACGACAAAAACAGCACCUCUUUCAUUGGUUUCUACGUCACACUUGGAGCAGCGAUAUUGGUCAUCUUCCGAAAGGCUCCAGAAAAUACCUUUUGAGUUAGAAAAUGCGCGAAUAUUAGAAAGUCCUAGUGGACUGAAAAUUUAUAUAUCGAUUGAAAGAAAGUGUGGGCGAGAAGGCAAUGGAGUUAUUAGUGGAAACGAUGGCUACUAUUAUGGGUCGCAAGGUGUUCUUGGUUCUAAUGCAACCAAUUCUAAAAGGAAAAUAAUUGGGGCACUAGCGAAUGCUAACAAUGAUGAUAUUUAUCGGACGAAAAUGGAAUGUCCUGCAUGUGGUCUGAUACUUUAUAGGCAUAAUUUUGGUACCCAUUAUCGGAUACAUACUGGUGAAUUGCCUUUUAUUUGUACAUACUGUCAAAAACGAUUCCGAACAACAUCUGCGUUGAAAGUUCACAUCAGGCAAGAAAGUCUUGAAGAAGCACACACAGGUGAAAAGCCUUAUUCAUGUCCAAAAUGUUCAUAUUGCUGCAUUACUAAACGUAAUCUUGACCGUCAUAUUACUAACAAUCAUGUUAGAGAAGGAGAAAGGCGAGGACCACGAGAACGAAGAUCACGAUAUAGGAAAGAUGAGUUUAGCGUUACCAUUGAUGAUAUUGAAAUGGGUACCGUUGAAGAAAGUGAAAAAAUAGACCAUCAUUAUGUUAUCUCUCCGGUAGAAAUAGAAAAAAAUGUGGUGGAAGAGAAAACGAAUGAUGAAAUGCAAGGCCGUGAUGAUAACAGACAAUCAGUUGAUAUGCCCGUACUUCCUUUGCUUACUUUAUAG